GACUAUGGAUUUACCAACAGAAUUCUACGUAUUCUCUUAAGACGUGGUCAAUCAGUGAACCGGCUGUAACUAUACAUUCUUGCAUUCCCUCAACAGUCCCUCAACAGUCUCGUUUUCUUCUACUGGUAACAGAAUUCAUAGGAUAUCCACGACGGACGGAGUAACUCCUUGGCACAGAAGGCCCGCAACCAUUGUCUUGAAGUAGUAGCGCUGGUUGCCACACAUACAAGGCACGCUCAGGAUCUAAGUGUAAAAAAGCAGAAUGGAAGGCGCGGCGGGUCCAAGCGGCUUUAGGAAUGUUGAGCCAUUGAGCCGGCAAGAGCGCGCGGCAGCUCGGGACAAGGACCUGCUUGAAAAGUCCCGGCUUCAAGCUCGCAACCGAGGGGGACCACUGAAACAGCCAGAGAACGUCGUUGGGAACCCUGUCAUGCCGGCACGGAAUGCCCCAGCCUUCUGCGACGAGUAUGACCGGUUUAACAGAGACGUGGCGGGCGAGAUGAACGCCAAGAAGCAGCAGAAUCUACAAAAGAAGGAGGAGGUGUACGCGGUGAAGCGGGCGGAGCAAUACCACCGGGAGCGCAGCAACUGGGAGACGCAGGCGCAGGCGGCGGCGCGCGAGGCGGCACGCCUGGAGGCAUCACGCACGACGGGGACGGGCGCCAAACGGAACCAGGGCAGCGAAAGCUACAACAUCAUCAGCCUCAACUACAACAAUAGCAGCGGAGGGCAGCAGCUGGCAGCCAAGGCGGUCAUGCAGUCAGUAGGUGCAAUGCUCCAGUGGUUUCUGGUCUAGCGGAAAGCAAGUUUGUUGUUUGCUGGUCACUUCGUGACUCCCUAGUGGGUAGUCAGCAGGCUGCUUGGAAAC